AUGCAGCAGAAUGGAGCUGGCGAGACAUCCAACGGAGAACAACCACCGCUCUCCUAUGGCACACCAAAUUCUCUGCCCAUGGCUUCAUCUCGGGUAAGACGGUUUGCACAGGAGGGCCGGGCGGUCCCCCAGCCAAGAGUGAUGGUGGUAUUUUCGGCUGCAAGUGAGACUGACAAGUCGGGAGAUGCUAUGUCGAGUUCGAAUGCUUCGGAAGAGGAGUUUCGCAAACCUGCAAGUCCUGUUCCAAACCUAAACCUGAGCAAGUCUUUACGCACCUUUAGCGCUAUUGAGGAGUUUCCCGAGGUCAUUCCCCUGAACGUAGGUGGUACAUACUUUACCACUCGCCUGUCUACCUUGCGCCGUUACGAGGACACGAUGCUGGCUGCAAUGUUCAGUGGUCGUCACCAUAUUCCACGUGAUGCAGAUGGUCGUUACUUCAUUGACAGAGAUGGAGCAUACUUUGGGGAUAUCCUUAAUUUCUUGCGAGAGGGUGAGCUGCCCCAGAGGGACCGUGUUCGCGCUGUUCACAGGGAGGCCCAGUACUACGCUAUUGGGCCCCUAUUGGACAGAUUAGAGGACACCCAGCCACUCACAGGAGAGAAAGUGCGGCAGGCUUUUCUUGACCUUCUGCCAUAUUACAAAGAGAACCUGGAGCGUAUCGUGGAGAUCGCGAAGCUCAGAGCAAUGCAGCGGAAAGCACGUUUCGCCAAACUCAAAAUCUGCGUGUACAAGGAGGAGAUGCCGAUUACUCCGUACGAGAGGCCCCUGUUCAACUCGCUCCGAUUUGAGCGCUCUGAGAGCGAGGCAAAGCUGUUUGAGCACCACUGUGAAGUGGAUGUGUCCUUUGGGCCAUGGGAGGCAGUGGCGGAUGUUUACGACCUGCUCCACUGCAUUGUCAGUGAUCUAGCAGAACGGGGUAUCACUGCUGACCAGCAGUGCAUCGGUGUAUGCGACAAGCACCUCAUCAACCACUACUAUUGCAAGAGGCCCAUAUAUGAGUUUAAAAUUACCUGGUGGUGA